AUGGCUGCUAAGCUUACCGCUCUCUCUCAGAAUCAUACUUGGGAUCUCAUGCCUCGCCCCUCUCAUAGAAAACCUAUUGGCUAUAAAUGGGUCUACAAAAUCAAGCAUCGUGCUGAUGGCUCCAUAGAACGGUACAAAGCUCGAUUAGUGGCCAAGGGAUACACUCAGCGGGAAGGUUUUGAUUAUCAGGACACCUUUUCCCCCAUAGCCAAACAUGUCACCGUUUGUACUUUUCUUACAGUAGCUUUUGUUCGUGACUGGCCUCUCCAUCAAAUGGAAGUUUAUAAUGCCUUUCUUCAUAGGGAUCUUCAUCAAGAAAUAUACAUGGAUCUUCCGCCAGGAUUACGUAGACAGGGGGAGAACACAAUAUGUCGUCUGCAGAAAUCCCUUUAUGGGCUAAAACAAGCAUCCCGACAAUGGAAUGAGAAAUUCAGUAAAGCUCUCACUGGCAUAAGAUUUGUUCAGUCCAAACAUGACUAUGCAUUAUUUACCUGGAACAAAGGUAAAACUUUUAUUGCUCUCAUCAUAUAUGUUGAUGACAUUCUUAUUACAGGGAAUGAUGAAACAGGCAUCAAAUCCUUAAAGGAGCAUCUUAACAGACAAUUCCGAAUAAAGGAUUUAGGAGAGCCAAAGUAUUUCCUAGGCAUUGAAAUUGCAAGAUCCCCAGCAGGGAUAUCCCUUUGCCAACGGAAAUAUGUCUUGGAACUUAUCUCUAAUUCAGGACUAUCAAGAUGCAAGCCAAGUAUCAUUCCAGUAGAACGGAAUACAAAGCUAACUACUCAAGAAUAUGACAGUGGGAUAUCAUCUUCCGAAAAUGAUCCACCACUGGAAGAUCUUACAAAGUAUCAAAGACUUGUUGGGCGAUUGAUCUAUCUCACCAUGACUCGUCCAAACAUUAGUUAUGCAGUCCACAUUCUUAGCCAGUUCAUGCAUGGGCCCAAACAAUCUCACAUGGAUGCAACAAUAAAGGUUCUAAAGUACUUGAAAGGAUGUCCUGGAUUAGGACUCCUCUUUCCCCGAGACAAAGAAUUAGUUGUCACAGCUCAUUGUGACUCAGACUGGGCCACAUGUCCAAUGACAAGAAAGUCACUUACAGGUUUCUGUAUCAAGUUAGGGGGAGCUCUUGUUUCUUGGAAGACCAAGAAACAAUCAACAAUAUCUCUAUCUUCAGCAGAAGCCGAAUACAGAGCCAUGACCAAAACAACAUGUGAGAUCAUCUGGAUUUUGGGGUUAUUAGAAGAUCUAAAGGACCUUCGACUGGGAAACUGA